AUGUGGGGCCUGGCGGCGGCCGCGGCGGCGGUCGCGGGGUCCGCGGCGGCAUCCGCGUGCCUCUGGUUCUACGCCGGACGCUACGUGGGCGAGCUGUCGCUCGUCCUCGACCGCACGCGGCUGCCGGACACCCCCAUGUUCGCUCUCAGCGGCGUUCUGCGCGCGGGAAUGGUCCCGGAGGACAUCCGCGGAGCGAUCCCCGUGCUGGGCACGGUGCGAUUUAGUGUCCUUGACUUCUGGGGCAACCGCGAAGACACGGACGUGCCGAUCGAGCUGGUCGCGGCCCCGCUGCAGGGCGCCACGCCCGUGAGCGUGCAGCGGUACCUGCGGCGCGGGUUCCAGCCGCUCGCGUGCUCUGAGCGCCCGGACAGUCCCGACGGCAACAGCGAGCCGAAGCGCAAGCAGUACGUGCUCGCACUGGGCCGCGCGCACGUGCAGCACCGCGCGCUGCUCAUGGCGCUGCUCGACGGGUCCCUGCGGCAGCGCAUCGCGGACCACGACGCGCCGACGGUGGACAUCCGCUGA